AUGCCUAGGAGGGCUGGGAGCGGGCAGCUGCCGCUACCCCGGGGCUGGGAGGAGGCCAGGGACUACGACGGCAAGGUCUUCUACAUUGACCACAACACCAGGAGGACCAGCUGGAUCGACCCCCGGGACAGGUUAACGAAGCCCUUGUCGUUUGCUGAUUGUGUUGGGGAUGAGCUGCCAUGGGGAUGGGAAGCAGGGUUUGAUCCUCAGAUUGGUGUCUACUACAUCGAUCACAUCAACAAAACCACACAGAUAGAAGAUCCAAGAAAACAAUGGAGAGGAGAACAGGAGAAAAUGCUCAAGGACUAUCUCUCAGUGGCUCAGGAUGCACUCAGGACACAGAAGGAACUGUACCAUGUGAAGGAACAAAGACUGGCUUUGGCCCUGGAUGAAUAUGUACGAUUAAAUGAUGCUUACAAGGAAAAAUCCAGUUCUCGCACAAGCUUAUUCUCAGGAUCUUCUUCCAGUACUAAAUAUGAUCCCGAUAUUUUAAAAGCAGAGAUCUCCACUACACGGUUAAGGGUUAAAAAGCUGAAGAGAGAACUCUCACAGAUGAAGCAAGAAUUGCUCUAUAAAGAACAAGGCUUUGAAACACUACAACAAAUUGAUAAAAAAAUGUCUGGAGGCCACAGCGGGUAUGAACUUAGUGAAGCCAAAGCCAUCCUGACUGAACUGAAAUCUAUCAGAAAGGCUAUCAGCUCAGGAGAAAAAGAAAAACAAGAUCUGAUGCAGAGUCUUGCUAAGCUGCAGGAGCGGUUUCAUUUGGAUCAGAGCAUUGGCAGAUCUGAGCCAGACUUAAGAUCCAGUCCUGUGAACUCUCAUUUGUCUCUCUCCAGACAGACCCUUGAUGCUGGGUCACAAACGAGCAUUUCCGGAGAUAUUGGAGUGAGAAGUAGAUCAAAUUUAGCUGAAAAGGUCAGGCUAAGCCUACAGUAUGAAGAAGCCAAGAGAAGUAUGGCCAACUUAAAAAUCGAACUGUCGAAAUUAGACAGUGAGGCCUGGCCUGGGGCGCUGGAUAUUGAGAAGGAGAAGCUGAUGCUGAUUCAUGAAAAGGAAGAACUUUUGAAGGAGCUUCAGUUUGUUACUCCCCAGAAACGUACUCAAGAUGAAUUGGAGAGUCUGGAAGCUGAAAGGCAGCGGCUAGAGGAAGAGUUGCUGUCAGUGAGGAGUGUCCCCAGCCAAGCUCUGGCUGAAAGAUUAAAAUUGGAAGAAAGAAGAAAAGAGCUGCUACAGAAACUUGAAGAAACUACUAAGUUAACUACUUAUUUUCAUUCACAACUGAAAAGCCUCUCUGCCAGCACUCUGUCCGUGUCUUCUGGGAGCAGCCUGGGCUCCCUGGCAUCCAGUCGGGGAUCUCUGAACACCUCUAGCAGAGGGUCACUUAACUCCCUCAGCUCCAGUGAGCUCUAUUACAGCCAGGGUGAUCACAUAGACAUGGAUUAUCAGUAUAAACUGGACUUCCUUCUGCAAGAGAAAGGUGGCUACAUUCCUUCCGGACCCAUCACCACCAUCCACGAAAACGAAGUGGUCAAGUCUCCCAGCCAGCCUGGCCAGAGUGACCCCUGUGGUGCGGCAGCCCCAGCCACCGGCCAUACACCCCCACUGACUGAGGUCCCCAAGUCUGUGACAUCCCUCUCCUCCAGAUCGUCCCUUUCCUCCUUAUCUCCUCCUGGCUCGCCCCUGGUUCUCGAAGGCGCAUUUUCCGUGCCGUCUCCUGACACCCCUCUCCAGUUCACUGCUGACUUUGAAGACUGUGAAUUGAGUAGCCAUUUUGCAGACAUUGGCCUUGGUGAAAAUCAGAUCUUGCUGGAUUCUGAUUCAGGAAUAGCAUCAAGGUCGUUUUUAGAGGAGAAGGACCUUAAUGAAUGUUCUAGGGAGCCGUUAUAUGAAGGAACUACAGAUGUGGAAAAAAGUUUACCAAGAAGAAGAGCAAUCCAUUUGCUUGGAGAGAAAACAGCUUGUGUGUCUGCUGCUGUGUCUGAUGAGUCUGUGGCUGGAGACAGUGGGGUCUAUGAAGCUUUCGUGAAACAGCCUAGUGAAGUUGAAGACAUUGCAUACAGUGAAGAGGAGGGUACCAUUGUGGAGACUGCCCAGGUGCAGAUUGGACUCAGAUACGAUGCAAAAAAUUCAAGUUUCAUGGUGAUUAUAGCACAACUCCGAAAUCUUCAGGCCUUCUUGAUACCUCACACACUAAAAGUCUAUUUUAGGGUUGCUGUACUUCCCUCCUCAACUGAUGUCAGCUGUCUGUUCAGAACAAAAGUCCACCCAGCCACAGAAUCCAUUCUAUUCAAUGAUGUGUUCAGAGUGGCUAUUUCCCAAACGGCCUUACAACAGAAGACGCUGAGAGUCGACCUUUGCUCUGUCACUACACACCGAAGGGAAGAAUGCCUGGCUGGAACUCAGAUCAGCUUGGCCGAUUUACCAUUUUCCAAUGAGAUUUUCACUCUGUGGUAUAAUUUACUUCCUUCAAAACAAAUGCCAUGCACGCAGAAUGAAGGUGAAAAUGAAGACUCAGUGUUUCAGCCAAACCAGCCAUCUGUAGAGGCUGUAGACUUGGAUGCAGUGUCAGCCUUACUUGCAAGAACAUCAGCAGAGCUGCUGGCGGUGGAACAAGAAUUAGCACAAGAAGAAGAGGAGGAACCAGGGCUGGAAGAAGAGCCAAGGGUUCCAGAUGGCGAUUGGUUAACAAGGCUAAGAGAAGCCUCUGAUGAAAUUGUGACUGAAGAAGAGUCUGAAGUUACUUUGUCAGAGGAUAGUAGCUAUCCAGAAGAUAUAAAUUCAAGUCCUGGUGUGUCUGAAAUGAAGGAAGACAAGAAUAGGAAUGAAAAUGACUAUGCCAAAGACCUUAGAAGUCAGCAACCUGCUGGAAUACCCACCCUGUUAAAUCGAAGUGACAGUGACAGUUCAACUCUGGCUAAAAAAUCACUCUUUGUGAGAAACUCCACCGAACGGCGCAGUUUGAGAGUUAAACGGACUGUUUGCCAGCCAGUCCUGAGAAGAACAGCACAAGAAUGUCCAGUGCGUACAUCUCUAGACUUAGAACUGGAUCUUCAGGCAUCUCUGACCCGACAGAGUCGCCUCAAUGAUGAACUGCAGGCUCUGAGGGGCCUGCGUCAGAAGCUGGAGGAACUGAAAGCUCAAGGAGAGACUGACCUUCCACGGGGUGUGCUGGAGGAUGAGAGAUUCCAGAAGCUCCUGAAACAAGCUGAGAAGCAGGCUGAACAAUCAAAGGAAGAGCAGAAACAAGAUUUAAAUGCUGAGAAAUUGAUGCGACAAGUCUCCAAGGAUGUGUGUCGGCUUCGGGAGCAGAGCCGGAAGGUACCUCGGCAGGUGCAGUCCUUCAGGGAGAAGAUUGCUUAUUUCACCAGAGCAAAGAUAAGCAUCCCAUCCUUGCCGGCUGAUGACGUAUAAUUACAUCGUUUAAGACAUUAUUUUUUCACCCAGUCACUUUCUUAGGGAAGGUGAAAAAGUGACCAUUUGUCGUGUUUUGUUUGUAAAAACUGACAACUCUUAAAGAGCUUUUACUUCACAUCAGACUUUCAGCACAUUGAUUUGUAAAAUACCUUGAAUGUAAUUCUUAUAUGUUU